UCGCUUCCAUCAUCAACUUCCUUCUUAUUCAUCACUUAUUUAUCUACACCAACAUGCCUCACCACGAGCCUUCCACCGCCGACGGCUGGCACGGCUCCAUCCCCGACAGCUUCCCCGCCGAGCCCGACCGUUACCAUCUCUACAUCGGCCUCUUCUGCCCCUUCGCCCACCGCGUAAACUUCGUCCGGCACCUGAAAGGUCUCACAGAACUUAUUGACCUAAGCGUCGUAAUGCCGUACCCCAAGGGCGACUCCAAGGGCUGGCCCGGUUGGCGCUUCCCAGCGUCUAACGACGAGUACCCUGGCGCCACAGUCGAUCGGCUCUUCGGCGAAGACUACCUGCACAAGAUCUACUUCAAAGCGGAUUCAGGAUAUAAGGGGCGGUACUCAGUUCCAGUACUGUGGGAUCGGAAGACGGGGACGAUCGUCUGUAAUGAAAGUCUCGAGCUGCUCCGCUGGCUCCCCAAUGCAUUCAACGACUUUAUCCCGUCCUCUUUGGCAUCGAUAGACCUGUAUCCUGAACACCUGCGUACCGUAAUCGACGGUCUGCACUCCUGGAUCCUCCCACAUCUCUGCACGGGCGUCUACAAAGCCGGAUUCGCAUCUGACCAAGAUCAAUAUAACAAGAACGUGAUCCCCGUGUUUGGAGCCCUCAACAAACUCGAGAAGAUUGUCUUUGCCAACGGCGGGCCGUUCAUUCUCGGCUACCAGAUGACCGAAGUAGAUGUCACAGUUUACGCUACCUUGGUCAGAUUCGACACUGUCUAUGUCCAGCACUUCAAGUGCAAUCUCGGCACAGUUCGGCAUGAUUAUCCCGUGCUGAAUAACUGGUUGAAGGCGAUGUAUUGGGAUGUCCCUGCGGCGAGGGAGAGCACGGAUUUCAGGCAUAUCAAGGAGAACUAUACAAAGAGCCAUUAUGAUAUCAACCCCAAGGCCAUUACGCCGCUUGGGCCGUGGCCGGACGUCGAGGAAGGCGUUGAGCGGGAUUGGACGAAGCUGACGGUUGGCGGUGUCAGUCAUCCAGCGGUUUUGGAGUUUGAGAAGGAGUUGAAUGAGGAGUAAAGAUGAAUAUCCCGGAGUAGUUGGGAGGCGGUGGCGUAGGCAGCAUGGGGUAGGGAUACUUCACUACUGUUGAGGCCUUGAAAACAAGGCCACGAUCUAAGUAGGCAUUUGCUCGCGUCAACAACUCAGCUCAGUCUCAGUCU